AUGGCCAUUGCUAAAGAGGCGAAGCACUAUGUCGAUCACAGGCCGCCUUACCCGGACUCAAUGUGGAAGCUCUGGACGAGUUACCAUCAAGGACCUCUUACAAGCGCUCACGACAUUGGCUCGGGCAGCGGAAACGGUGCCGAAGGACUAUUGACGCACACAACUCCACCGCUGAAGCAUGUUGUGCUUACCGAACCGCGAGAGAUCAACAUCGCGGACUGCCGUGCUCGGUUCAAAGACCGCUUCCACGGGACCGAAUUCUCGUACCGAACCUGUCGUGGCGAAGACCCCUGGGAUCCACCCGCCGGACUGGAGCACGUCGACUUUGCAAUGGCGUGCGAAUCGAUCCACUGGACUGUCCUCGGACCAACCACGGAGAACAUCGCAAAGAGCCUCCGACCCGGUGGGACAUUUGCAGCUGUCAUCUACGGACCGUUUCCAGGAAUCACCAAUAACAAGGUCGCCAAUGCAGCUUUCAAGAGUUUCAUUGGGGAACAUGCCGCGCAUUUGCUCAAGCAAGAGUGGAUGACUGAAAACUGGAAGCGAGCUGCGCGUCAAAUGUUUCACGGCAUGGACUGCGUGCCACUUCUAGAUGAUGUGUGGCAGGAUGUGAAGCGAGUUGAGGUGAACUGUCGGGACGGGUGGUAUGCCAAGGAUUAUGAGCCAAUGGAGGGUACGGAGGAUCCGGUCGACCACUUGGGAACUUCAGAGCGUGUCUCCAUCGACGAUAACGAGGAUUGGCAAAUUUCAGCCACGGUUGAGUGGCUCAAGCAAUCCCUGGAGUCAAUGCGUUUUGGGUUUACGGAGGAUUCUUGGAAUUCACCAAAGUGGAAGGAGAUUGAACAAGCGGUGGGAGGCGGGCCAUUGGAGUUGCAAUGGCAGGUUCACAUGAUACUCGCUAGAAAGAGGGGUUGA